GAGAAUCAUUCAUGAGAACACUGGUCUGAGAGAAAACGAUGAUUAUGGAGUAUGGUGUUUUCCCCUUCGGUUUUGAUCCUACAUGUUGCUUCUACAACACACUGCUUGACCAGCAAAGCCGGCUAUGCAACUACAUCAAGAAACUCCAAAAGAUAUUACAGAGACUCAGUAAACUGAACAGAUGUUCUCUCGUUGCAUAUCUAACGGGAAAUUCUUUAAGUGCUGCCGGAGCAGUUAUGGCCAUAGUGGGGCUGUCCUUGAGCCCUGCAACUCUAGGAGCCUCCCUCUUGGCUUCUGGGGUGGGUUUAGGAGUGGCGGCUGCAGGAGGGGCUGUUUCCAUGACUUCAGACCUUUCUUUAGUGCUCUGUAACUCCAAGGAGGUGAAAAGAAUAAAAAAAAUUGCCCUGGCUUGUCACAAUCAGAUGAAGGAAACAAUGAAUUGCUUGGAGUUCCUGCACCGCAGUUGGAAUCCCACCGAUCCUUUCUUAUUGCAGACUGAGAAAAAUGCUUCUAUUGCCCUUUAUAAUUCUGCCUGCUUCCUGGUGUUCUGUGGUCCUCAGGGCUUUCUGGUGCCUGAGCACAAAGAAGAGAUGACAAAAGUGAGCUAUACUCUACUCAGGGCAAAAAUCCAGAAACUGGCAGAAAACCUAGAAGCCUGUGCAAGGCACAUGGAUGAAAUCUGCAAGCUUUUAGAAAGAAGGAAAGCAUGUUCUUGGAGGACAAAAGGAUUAGAAUGUUGA